GAUAAUAUUUAGGCAAAUGGUUAUUAUAUGUAUAUAUAGUCAAUUACAAUUAUUUUUACAUCAAUGGUAUAGGUAGUCCAUCUCAAUAGCACUUCAAAAAAAAUAAAAUUCAAAUUUUAAAGAUGAAUCAGAAUCAUUUCAUUUUUGAUUGUUUUCAAGGUAAAAUACGGUAAUUACGAAGCAAUUUACCCUCAUUGCGCAGAAUCUAUUAAAAAUAACACCUACUGCGCAUACAUCACAAACGAAGUUGGGAUCGAGUUAUCAAUUCAUUCCGAAUUUGAAUUGAAAAUUGAAGAGAAAAGUUUGCAAGUUUACAAAGUCUUAGAAGUUGUGUACAAUCGUGGUCUUGGUGCUGGGUUUCGUGCAGUUUCAUGAACUUUCAUCAUGUGCGAUUCAGUGAAUACCUUUGUGUCUCCAUUCUCGACAAGAUACGCUUCGCCGGAAAUGAAGUACAAUUUUAGUGAUAACAAGAGAUUCACCACAUGGAGAAGAUUAUGGUUGUAUUUGGCUAAAAGUGAGAAGGAGCUGGGACUGAAAAUUACCGACGAUCAAAUCAAAGAGCUGGAAAAAAAUGUAGACAACGUUGAUUUUGUGAAAGCGAAUGAAGAAGAGAAACUAACUAGGCACGAUGUAAUGGCCCACGUUCACGUAUUCGCCGCGCAAUGUCCAUUAGCGGCGCCAAUCAUUCAUUUAGGAGCUACUUCGUGUGAUAUUGUCGAUAAUACGGAUUUGAUAGUCAUGAAAGACGCUAUGAAAAUUCUGUUACCAAAACUCGCUAAAUGUAUCUCAGUGAUUGCCGAGUUCGCUAAAAAGCACAAAUCUCUACCUACCUUAGGAUAUACCCAUCUACAACCAGCUCAGUUGACGACGGUAGGAAAACGAGCUUCCUUAUGGUUGAAUGAAUUAUUAAUAAGCGAACGUGCCAUUAGCAAGGUGAAAGAAGAUUUGUUGUUCAGAGGUAUCAAAGGUACUACUGGAACACAAGCUUCUUUUUUACAAUUGUUCGAAGGUGAUUACAAUAAAGUCAAAAAACUGGAUACCUUAUUCACCCAAUACGCUGGCUUCCAAAAAUCAUUUCCGGUCACAGGGCAAACGUAUUCCAGACUGGUUGACGUUGAAAUCGUAUCAGCUCUGGCGUUACUUGGAGCAGCUGCUCAUAAAACUUGCUCCGAUUUAAGAAUACUGGCGAAUCAACAAGAAAUGGGAGAACCGUUCGAAGAAACUCAAAUUGGUUCAAGUGCCAUGGCUUAUAAACAAAAUCCAAUGCGUAGCGAACGAUGCUGUUCUAUUGCUAGAUAUUUAAUGAAUUUGGUUCCAAAUCCAUUGCAAACAGCUUCUGUUCAGUGGCUAGAAAGAACUUUGGACGAUAGUGCGAAUAGACGAAUUGUUUUAUCAGAAGCAUUUUUAGCUGCCGACAGUAUAGUGAGAAUUUUACAAAAUGUGUUCGAAGGAUUGACCGUGUUCCCUAAAGUGAUUGAAGCGAAUAUAAAUAAUUAUUUACCAUUCUUAGCUACCGAAAAUAUCAUCAUUGCUGUAGUCAAUCAUGGAGGCGACCGUCAAGAAGCACAUGAGAAAAUUCGAGUUCUGUCAAUCGAAGUUGCCAGAGAAAUGAAAGUAGAAGGCGUCAAAAGAAAUACUCUGAUUGAAAAGAUCGAAAAGGACAGCUUUUUCGAAAAAAUUAUUCCAGAAUUGCCUUCUAUUUUGGAUAUAAGAACAUUUUUCGGUUGCGCUGAUUUACAAGUUUCUGAAUUUUUAGAAGAUUACGUCGAUCCUGUUUUGAAAAAAUACGAAAUUGAACGUAUAGCACCUUCCACACUGGAUAUUUAAAACAUUCGAAGACGACAAAACGCAGCGUUGAAUCGAAUACCUACCUACUACGAAGCUUUCAAUUUUUUAAAAUUUGUGCUAAAUAAUUAAUGUUAUCUUAUUCGAGUAAUAGUUUAAUACUCACAUGUUUUUUUUUGUAUUUUAAACUGCGGGGUACACAGAUAGUAUGUUCAUUGUAUAGUCUCUGCUCUUCUUCUUCAUCAUAGUUCAUGAACAAUAAUCGAAUGAAUUUUAUUUUUGUUAGGUAUGUUCCAGUGUUCCUGUUGUAAUGUUGUGUUUUGUUUUGUUAACUUAUCUGAAAUACAUAAUCUUGCAUUUUA